CGCACACACACACCCCUCUCGCGAGCGAAUGGUCGCUUCCAGCCGGGUGGCCAUGUUGCCGCUUAUAAUCGCGAGCGCAGGCGAAGGCAGAGUCUGCUUUUCAUGUGAGCGGCAAGGACGCGCGGCGACGGAGGAGGAGGAGGAGCAGCGGCCAGAGCCUCGUUGCACUCGCAGACCCCAGCGCAAGCAUGGCCGUGGCGGUGGGGAGACCCUCGAAUGAUGAUCUCCGAAACUUGUCCCUUUCGGGCCAUGUUGGUUUUGACAGCCUCCCUGAUCAGCUGGUCAACAAGUCAACCUCGCAGGGUUUCUGCUUCAACAUCCUUUGUGUUGGGGAAACUGGCAUUGGCAAAUCAACGCUCAUGGACACUCUGUUCAACACAAAGUUCGAAAGUGACCCCGCCACUCACAACGAGCCUGGUGUGCGGUUGAAAGCAAGGAGUUAUGAACUUCAGGAGAGCAAUGUCCGUCUGAAGCUGACAAUCGUCGAUACAGUGGGAUUCGGAGACCAGAUCAAUAAAGACGACAGCUACAAGCCAAUUGUGGAGUACAUAGAUGCCCAGUUUGAGGCCUACCUGCAAGAGGAGCUGAAGAUCAAGCGCUCCCUAUUUAAUUACCAUGACACCAGGAUCCAUGCAUGCUUGUAUUUCAUUGCACCUACUGGGCACUCGCUGAAAUCUCUUGAUCUGGUCACCAUGAAGAAGCUCGAUAGUAAGGUGAACAUUAUCCCCAUAAUAGCCAAAGCUGACACCAUUGCGAAAAAUGAGCUGCAUAAAUUCAAGAGCAAAAUCAUGAGUGAGCUGGUCAGCAACGGGGUCCAGAUCUAUCAGUUCCCGACGGACGAAGAGACAGUGGCUGAGAUUAAUGCUACAAUGAGUGUCCACCUGCCUUUUGCCGUUGUUGGCAGCACCGAAGAGGUGAAGAUCGGCAACAAGAUGGCCAAGGCCAGGCAAUACCCAUGGGGAGUUGUGCAGGUUGAAAAUGAAAACCACUGUGACUUUGUGAAGCUGCGUGAAAUGCUGAUAAGAGUGAACAUGGAAGACCUGAGGGAGCAGACUCACAGCCGACAUUAUGAGCUCUAUCGCCGCUGCAAGCUUGAAGAGAUGGGAUUCAAAGACACAGACCCUGACAGCAAGCCAUUCAGUCUGCAAGAGACCUAUGAAGCCAAGAGGAAUGAAUUCCUGGGCGAGCUCCAGAAAAAGGAAGAAGAGAUGAGGCAAAUGUUUGUCAUGCGGGUGAAGGAGAAAGAAGCCGAGCUGAAAGAAGCAGAAAAGGAUCUUCACGAGAAGUUCGACCACCUAAAGCGGACUCACCAGGAAGAGAAGAAGAAAGUGGAGGACAAGAAGAAGGAGCUGGAGGAGGAGCUGGGCAACUUCCAGAAGAAGAAAGCGGCAGCCCAGCUCUUGCAGGCGCAGGGUCAACAGGCUGGCGCUCAACAAAAGAAAGACAAGGACAAGAAAAAUUCAAGCUUCACAUAAAGCCUGCCAAGUCAAAGGAUGUUCCUGCAUUCACCUGCUUUUGCAGUAAUGAGUUUCAGCCAUCUUUAUUUUUUGUUUCCCUUUUAAACACAAAUCCUUGCUAUUAAUUCAUUAAUAAUGGGGCUGGGGGGCUGGUGUGUGUGAAGGCGGGGUCAUCUGGCCUUGGGCUUUUUGUGGAUAUUCCUUGUUCUUCAAGAGAACGGGCAUGGUCAUAUGGGCUCCUGCUGGGAGGAAGGGCGGGAUAUAAAUCAAAUAAUAACUGAAUAAAAAUAAAUAAAAGUAUUCUUUGGAACGGGAGCCAGAACUAGAUUGUAACAGUUUUAACUUGAGGCUUGUUCAUGCAUUACACUUGGAUUCACCAUUGGGCUGUGAUCCAGAGAUCUUCUUGAGGUAUCUGAAACUUGGAUUGCUUACACACAGUGGGAUUUCUGCUGAACCUUUUUUUUUCUUUUUGAAUGGCAAACUCCCUGCCCACCUCUGCAUCAGUGCACUUCAUAGUCAGGCCACCAUCCAGCCACCAUUAAACUUUUUACAGUCCCAGUGAUUUUAAUGGAACUUUUAAGCACAUAUCUGAGUUUUUCUCCCUUUGUAAUCAAUGGGAUUUUUAAAAGUGUAAAGGUCAUGCCUUGAUUUUCCUCCAGAAUACGUUUAGUGCUAUUUAACUUAAAAUAUUAAUAAUAAUUAAAGUCACACUGCACAUGUGGAUGGCUGUGUGGUUUUCUGGAUUAGGGCUAAGAUCUUUUUUUUAAAAACUGCAUCAUUUGUAGGGAUGGGGGAGGGUUCUAACCACCAUGAUUGGGAAUUUUAACUAUGUACAGUACAUUCCAUUUAUACUGAACUAGCUUACAGUGGCUAUCUUUUUGUACAAUCCCUCCCCACCCCAUAACAGAUUUCUAGAGCUAGCAAUAAUGGAGGCAAUUCCAGUCCAGUAGUGGACAGGAAUGCACAGCUGUAUGAAUGAUACGAUAAAAAUGAUGACGGUGAGGAGCCAGCAGAGGACUAUAGGAUUUCUCUGGAGAUAUCCAUGAAUAGUUCUAUCCAAGUGGUAGCCAACAUUGUACUUGAACACUGGCCAUAAAGGCUGGGGCUGAUGGGAAUUGUAGUCCAAAGCAUGGUGUUGCUAUUCCUGCUUUAUCACAAGCAUAACCUUAUUGUAGCUGCAGAGAAGGUUGGGUCAGACUGGGAUUCAGUUAGGGUUGCCAGAUCCUGACCUGCUGUGUCUGCCUGUCACUUUAAGAGCCCUGGAGGCAGGCUGUUGUAAGCAGGGAUCCUAUUUGGGUCCUACAGUGGGCAGAAUAAAUGCUGCGCAAAGGACCAUUGGAGCACCAUUGCCUCAUGCUCUUUUGUUGCUUCCAGACUCCAAGAAAGAGAAAGGCCACCCUGAAUAUUAUUUUUACGUGACCUGCUACCAGGGGGAGUGCCAGAGGGUUGAUGGAAUUUGGCAUCUGCCAGGGCCCAGAUCUUUUAAAAGGCACUCCCAGUGAGAGUCUGUGCUACCAUCUUGGGUUUUGCUUGCUGCAUGCCCUGGCCUGGCCACUGGAGGCAGUGCACACUGUCUCUGGACCUUGCAGAGUUCCGUGUGAGAAUCCUAUGUAGUCACAAAGGCUUGUCAGGUGUUUGAUAUAAAUUUAAAUGAAUAAAUAAAUGCCUACCCCAUUCCAAGACACCACUGGAGCCCACGGAAAUGCCUGGAGAUUUGCCCCCCCCCAAAAAAGGAGGGGGAGUCAGCUCAGCUUACUCUCAAAGGGUUUGAUUGCCCUACCCUUAUCCCAUCUUACAGCAGCAGUGUAAGAUAUCCUGUGGGGCCACCUGUGUAGCAAACAGCUACUGUCAAGUAAGGCUCUCCCAUCCUGACACAAAAGGAUCCCUGUUGUCUUCUAAACCCACAGGUUCCACUUGGUCUAGGGAUUCUUCCAGAAAUAAUUUGCAAGCUCCUGGAAGCCCUGCAGCCCGAGGAGAUGUUGCAUCCCAUUUACUGGCCUUGCAUGGCUCUCCAUGUGCAUGAUGGCUUUUGUAUCUUCCUGGGCACUGUUAACUUUGCCCUGCCCUUUUUAACGUGCCCCCAAGAGGUUUUGAUCUCUCUUUUAACCAAUCUUCUCUGCAAACGUGAUGUAGCUAACAUAUUCGGCAUGUGUCCAAACCAGAGCUGCACAUUUUUGAUUGAUGGAGGAUAUUCUACCACAAAUGUCUGGACAGAGAGAAGCCACAGAGGCACCAGAUAGCACACGAGAAACAUCCAUGGAAUGUUAAUAAGCUUCCCAACGUCAAGGAAUUGCUGAAGGAGAAAUGGCAAAAUUAAAUCUAUUCCUUUACAGCUCAACCUUAUGAAUGAGGAAUUGUUCUUGCAACUUGUUAAAUUAAUAGUACUGUGUAUCUUCCUACAUUCAUGCAAGAGUAGGAGCUUGGCAUAAAAGAUUCAGCUUUCAUUUAUCAGUUCCUAGAAGUGUAUAGUAACUCCAGAUAACCUAAGGGUCUUAGCAUCCCAUGCUCCCACAUGGUCUUCUAUUUUAAAAUUACUGAAGUGGAGCGAGGUGCCACCAUGGGGGGGGGGAGGCUACCAUGUUGAUCCUAUAACGUAAGAACCAGCCCUCAGACUCUGCCCCAUUUGUCCAACCACGGUUAACUGCUGACCAUUGGAAAAGUUCUGAUCGGGGGCAGGACUUGAGGAUUGCUGCUGCAACGGCUGGCUUUGUCUGACUCCUAGCUGAGCAACUCAAACAUCUGGGAAACGAGUUAGGCCGAGUGAGGGAGGCACUGUCAGGCUACGAUCAUAGGUGCCUGCCUGAGAGCCUUUUCACACAAUUUUAGGUGUAUGCCUGAUUUUUGUUAGUUCACUUUGAAGUGUACACCUAAAUAUGUAAAUUGUGAUGUUGAAAAAUGGGCAUUUGGAAGCACACACAUAUCAUCAAACUCAUUGGGAUGCCAAAAAUGGGCGCAGCUCCCUGCUGAAUGUGCACAUGAGUAGGCUUGUUCACGGCUAUCAGGAUCUACAAAACAAAAGCGUACAAGUAGAAAGUAAAUGUAGUGGGAAUAUGUGAGGGUUUAGUAUUGUGCACAAUUUAGAGCAGCCUUUGCAAUCCUGGUACCCUGCAGAUGUUUUGGACUCCAACUCCUAUCAGUCCCAGCCAGCACAUGAUAAGGCUGAUGGGAGUUAAAGUCCAAAACAUCUGGAGAGCACUUGGUUGGCAAAGGCUGGCCUAGAGAAAAGUUAGAUGGUUCCUACAUCCUGAUGUUCUGUGAAGAGAAGGUGUUAAAACAAGAUUUCUGAUAAGUUUCAAUAACAUCUCACCUGCCAGGGAAAAGGUAAAGGUGACAAGUGAUGUGCAGUCCAUCCAAUCUUAUGUGACUAAGGCCGAGCAGGGGGCAGAAGAAAGGUGCCUUUCAAUUCCCAGGGACUUUCAGAUAAAUUCUUAUCUCAAUGGCGCAUCUCCAUGAAACUGGCCUAGCCAUCGUGGCCUCCCUCACCUCCAGGGAACUUUGGAAGAUGUUGCUUGUAGUGUCAGCACCCUUGUUAAAAAUACAUUUCCUACAUCUCUUGGACAGCAAGUGGAGCCCUGACAGUUAAAUAAGUUUUAAACUUGUAGUGCAGAUGUCGGGGAAGACAACCUUUCUCGUUAAGAUUAUGUUUACUUUUAACACUUUAAAAUGGUAUGUGCCAGCCAGGACAGAUGUUUGAAUGAAAUCUCACCUGUUAUGGAUCUCCUCUUCCUUCUCUCUCCCUCCCUCCCGAAACUGACUGAAGUAUUUGUUUGUAUUUUUCUGUGCUGGACAGAAUCUUUUCCUUUGUGAUACAUUCCAAGAGAUGGCGAGCCCUGUUUACCUUCUGCCUCCCGGAUCUCUUUCUCUUCUGCUGAUGUACAGUACUACCAAUUUCCCUUCUGCUCCUGGCUAGGUAGUCUCUGUUUCUUACCUUUUUUCAAAAAAAGCACUCUUUGAAAUGACACUCGUCACUAAAGUCUCUGUCCUUUCACUUUCCAACCCUGCCUGCUUCUGCUAAACCACCAAGUUUUUCCCCCCUGUUCCUUUACCCCUCUCCUUUGCUCUUAAUUAACAAAAACAGCUAUUAUCUGUGAGGGGAAUUGACCCUUCACUGUCUAAGCAUGGUUCUUAGCAAUGCAGGAAGCAUGUUCACACAUUGCAUUGUACACCUGUACAAGCUGUCUCCACCCACAUUCAAGUGUUUGUGUGAAAGAAUGUACACUUGUUGAUUUGUUCAGCUCAGCCAUUGUGUACACGGACUGUGUACUCGUUGAACAUUACAUGUAAUUGUACGACUGUACAGCUCAGCUGUGUGUGUACACAGGUUGUAUACUUGUUGAAUGUGAUGUGUGAGCACCCCUAGCAGGGUGGCUUAAACCUGCCCAAAUGGAGAGAAAUCAGCAAAAGAUCGAAUUGGUUUUGCGCUAUGCAGUAAUGCAAAUAUGGCAGCUGAUGGAAGGGGCCCCAGCUAAGCAAGCCAGAUAAAAAAUAGCAAAUCCAUGCAGUUAACCUUCAAUCUCUCUUGGCCUUAAACAGAAGGAGCCAGUUUCCUAACCAUACGCUGCCGCAGCUUAAUUGUGCAAGUAUAUGUUCAAGUUUUCCGAAGCUUGAAUGCUUGUGUGGUGUGCUUGCACCAGCCAUGUCUCUGUGUCCUAUUUUUAAUUGGCUUUUGUCCCUGGUUCAUUUGUUAAGGUUUUUAUUUGUUCCCCCUACUUUGUUUAAGAAAACCCCUCUGAGAAAUAACUCAGGAUGUUUUCCUAGUUUACACCCAAUCCCCUCAGAGAUGUGGGCAACUGUCUGCCAAAUGUUAACUAUUGCGUGCGUGCAUGCGUGUGUGUGUGUAAAACGUUUUGGCCUACCAGUCAUCUGUGAUGACCUGUCAAGGAGGAAAGAGAACUUGACUACACUUCUACAUCUUACCAGAAAUCAAAACAGGGUAAUAAAGUUCUUCUUCCAGGUUGGUAAGGAGACAAUGCAGACAACUGACUUGCCAAGCUCUUGACAGCCUUGCAGAUAAGCCAACAUGCCCAUGCUGUCAAUGUUGGGCAUUGUGGCACAUCGGCUGCCUGACCCCCCUCCCCCCCCAAAUUCCCCACCUGAUUGACUUUCCAAAAGCCUCCCUAUCUGAUCGCCUGGAGGCAGUUCUUAGUCACUGCAGGUGAGUAGGCAUCUGGCUAAUGUGCCAAACCUGGUAAGUUAAAUGUUAGUCAAGAAUCUUGUCAAUUUCCAGUGGUCAAUAUAGUUCUAUUCAGAUAUUUCGUGGGCUAGUGUUGCAAUUUAAGCGGCAGAGGAACAGGUGAAGCUCUUCCCACCCUCCAUGCCCCUAAAGCUAGGGGUGUUGAACAUUUUUCAGCCCAAGGUCCACUUUCCCUUCUGGGCAGCCUUCCAAGGGCCACAUGCCAGUGGUGAGUGGGACCAGAGGCAAAAGCGGGCAAAGCAACCAAUGUAAAUUUUACCUUUGUCCAGUAGUCUGGUUUCUACACACUCACACCCCUCUGUCCUCAUCCAGACAAGCAAGAGGCAUUAUCAAGAGUUCAAAGACACAUUCUAGCUAAGCAAAAACACUCGAGGUGUAAAGCAAGGGCCAGUGAGAGGCCAGUGAGAGGCAGCAUCUGGUUGGCCACUGUGAGAACAGGAUGCUGAACUAGAUGAACCACUGGCCUGAUCCAGAAGGCUCUUCUUAUGUUCUUAUGAGUAAAGUUCACCAACCCCCAGUCAUCAUAAAAUCAGCCCAGUUCAACUUUGCGCUUACUAGUGCAGGCUGAAUUUGGAUAAUCUGCAACAUCCAUCAAGUAGGAUGUAGGGUUCUUUCUCUGGAGAAUGUGUGUGCCCCCAGUGCUUGUGGGUUUCAACAGAACAAACUGGGAGUGGUUUAAAGAAAGUGCCUGAGAGCUAUGAGGGCAAAAAUGAAAGACAGUGCCCAGGUGCAUGCAUGGAGCUCCCCAAAGGCUAAGCUAUUUGCAGCCUAGGUCUAGAUGUUGCUACCGAUCUCUGAUGGAAACCUCUUUGCCAGAUGCAUUCUGUCUUUAGCAUUCCUUUCCUUUUAAAUACUUUUUUUCCUCCCUAGCCCAUUAUUCUGGGGGUGGGGUGGGGAAUAACAUCUGUUCUUGGAAAAAUUUAAGAUCUCCCCCCCCCGUUACUCUGCUCUCCCCUCCCCCUCUAGAAAACCCCAUAAAUAUUUGUUGAUGUGCACUCUGAUUUGACUCUUUGCACCUUUUUUAAAAUACACCCUUUCAGUGUCUUAAAGCAAAGAGUCUUUAUGGCACCUUAUAGACUAACAAGUUUUAUUCAGGCAUAUGCUUUUGUGGACUCUAAGUUCACUUCAUUAGUUACUUGUAGAUACUGGUUGUAUGUGAACGUGGAUGCACAUUUGAAUGCAUGUCCAAGUUCAGUACAAUACAGUAGACAACAUCCACAUCCGAUGCACAUUCCAUUGUAUAUUUGGAUGCACGUAGGAUUUGUGUUUUGGCUCCUGAUCCAGCAAGAGAUGCCUGCAUGGCAGCCAGGUUACCUGCAUGGAUCCCCUUAGCUCAGGGAUGGGGCUCUUCUGACUUUCCAGACAUUGCUGGACUCCCAACUCCCAUCAGCCCCAGCCAGAGUGUCCAGUGGUCAGGGAUGAUGGGAGUUGUAGUCCAAGAACAUCUGGAAGGCCUCAGAUUCCUCUUCCCUGCCUCAAGGAGCUAAUUAAUUGCCAGAGAGCCAGGAUCUCGCCCUACUUUAGCCACUCCCUGGACCAUGUUUAACUUGCUGUCUGUUGCACUUGCUUUUCCUUUCUGUAUCUAUGCCUUUCUUCACAGUAAUCCUUGGCUCUGCACGGAAUAAUGCCUCUCCUCAAAGCUUUUUGGAUGUGCUUUCACCUUUGCAUGUAAGUAUAGCUGCGCAAGACCAUUCUGCCUACCUUUUGGAGUCAACUGAGAGGGCUUGUUUUGCAAACGGGUGUGCUUGUGGUAAGCAGGGGUGCAGAGAAGUUCACAUACUCUGUUAGCUAAAUAGCAAUUGGGCCGUGCAGUCAAAAGGGAUUAACAAGCAGAUCCUAAACACACUCACUCCAGUCCAGCAACGGUUAGUAGAACUUAGCUUUCUUUUUGAUCAACGGCACAGUUUAGUUACAAAUAACUUUCCAAGGGGAAUUAAUUGCUUUGCUGCUGGAGUCUCUGUGUGUUGAGUCAGAAAUUCUGUUCAGUUCAUCUGAAGUUACUUCCAAGUAAGUGUACAUAGGCUUGCAGCCUAAGGUGGUAGUACUGUACAUGUUUGUGAGGUAAUCAUUGGAGGAUGGACUUCUAAGUAAAGAUGUUUAGGAUUGUUCUAUGAAUCUGAUUUCCAGAAUGUUUCAUUAAGAGACCAUUGGAACAUACUGCCAAGUAAAAAAUGUUUAGGAUUCCAGGGGUGAACGCUUCGUUCACUGUCAGUGGGGAUGGUUAUCCAGGAAUGCGCUAAUCCUCCGACUUGGUUUGGAGGUGGGGCUGUGCAAACCUUAUUUUUAUAUUUUCCUCCAGUGGGAGGAGGGCCCUGCAAAACCUGCCCCCCCCCCGCUUCAAAGCAACAGGGCUUUCUUGUUGCUUCCAGCUCUGAACUUUUUUGUUGUUGCUGUGCUAGCAAGAGCCCCCCUUCGACAUUGUAUGUAUCUAUCAGCUUAAGCAAUUCAAACACCUCUGUUUUAUUGGUAGAUUCUGAACUCCCUCUAGAAAAAUCACAUUUUAAAGAUGAAAGCCUCAUUUUUAAUAUGCAUGUUUAUCUAUUUUCUACUUUAUCUGUGUUUUAAUAAUGUAUUAAUAACCUGCCUAGAAACAGUUGGGCUAUUGUUUCCAGACAAUUUACUGGAGCAGUGCAACUGUCCACUUAGCUUAGUAUUCUGUCUUUGAAAUUAAUGGCUGGAGAAGUAAUGACGAACCCUUGUGUAAGCCCUAAAUCUUGUAUUUGGCCAGUUCUAAUAGGGUUUAGGCAGAAAAGUUCAAAUUGCUGAGAAAUUCGCCAUUCACUUAUUUUUGUCAGAAGUGUUUGGUAUAAAAAAGGAGCAGGAAAAUAAGACUCAAACGUCUAUCCAACUUUUUUUUGGCUAAACACAUGAAAUGUCAUUGAUGUGUUAUUCCAAGUUCUGAGCGUUGUACCUGAGGUUUUUGUUUUGUUUUUUUACGAAACUGACAUAUAGAGAAAGAGACUGGAGGCAGGUCGGUAGUAUCCUCUAAAAUCUUCAUGUUGCUUCAUAGAAAGGCAAGCUUGAAAAGUGUGAUUGGUAUUAAUGAAGAGUAAGGUUUUGAAAAGCACUCCGCGUUGCCCUGUCUGCUUCUGUUGCAGCUAGUGGGGAAAUGCCAGUUGGAUAAAUCGUGCCUUCAGAAUCAUGAAUAUUAAAAAGUUAGAAUAACAUGUGCCCCACCCAUUGCAAGUUCAUCUUGCUGGCUUGCUUGCUUCAUUCUCGUGGGUGGUUUCAGAUCGCAGGCACCACAUGGUGGCUGCUUCCAUUGGGAAGGUUGGUUGCCUGUCACGGUCUAUCACACCUCACGUUGGGGUUGACCAAAAAUGUGGGGUAAGGUCAGCUUUCUAUUGGCAAUCAUGACAGGCAAUCAGUUUCUGAUGUAAAAAUAUGCUAUUUGAUGGUGAGAUUAUAGGUUGGCAACCUGCCAUUUCAAAAUGCCCCCAUGGUUCCCCUGUUAAGCAUGAGUAUAAGCAAGUGAAGGCCCAGUUACUGCCUUCCUCCUAAAUCCCCUUCUCAAAAGGUAUUAGCGCAUCAUCUCAGUCCCCCCAGGUGCUAGAAUGUGGAAUGAAUGCCAUUCUCCAAGCAUGGAGGUAUCCAGGGAGGGCAACUCCUGAAGAUCACAUCAUCUUUUUAAAUGUGACGGAAGUGGCUUGCACACAGAUUAGCUGCUUUCAAAGGAAUUUGUUUCUAGGGCAGUGAAUACAUGUUCAGAUUGCUCCCAUUACACUUUUGAAAAGUUCAGUCUGCAGUCAUCCUCAAGAAGGAACUGGACCUGUGGAAGGUAGGAAAAGAAUAAAGGGGGGGCGGAAGCUAGUGCCAAAUAUAAGGGAGCAAAGGCAGAGCCUUAACCUAGUGCUGAAUCUGGAAUUCUACAAAAUAUGUUGUGGGUCUUGUGCUGACCUUGAAUGUGAUCUGUGCAACAAUCACUCAACUGCAAAGGCUAGUUAUGAACUCCGAGACAUUUCCAUAUUAAUGGGAUCCCAUAAACACCCUCCAGGAGGCAUGAACUUUAGCUACUUUGGUGAUCUCAAAAUUAGGUUCAUGGGCAAAUAAGCAGUGGGGGCUGGGGGCUCCAUGUCAGUGGGGCAGUGGAAUCUGCUCUGGGUUUUUGGUGGGACACUUUGAAAGCUCAGCCAAAAUGCUGGAGUGGACUCCAUUGCUCCCACUGACAUGGAGCUACUAGCCACCACUGCAAAUAAGCACUUGGAACAAGCUAUACAAGGCACAUUUCGAGCAAGAAUGCCAGUGUUAGGGUGAUAGUACAUGGUUGUUUCAGACAGAUGCACCUACGCUGGUUCACACUUUCACCUUAAUGUGCAUGGUACACUGUGUAUUGCACUGCUAAAGCCACAACAUUACCUUUUGACUGCCUAGAAUGCUUGCUUGCUUAGCUUGUUAUGGGGUAGAUGCUUAUUUUUCUUAUAAUGCAAAGUGAGUCCUAUUUAACAGGCAGCCACACACGUAAAUAAAGCCAAAGCUUGCAAACUGGAGCCAUUUCAUCCCAGACACCUCAGUUCAGUGAUUUUCUGUGUGUGCAGGAGCUCCAGUAUGCUCAUGGAGCCCCCCCCUUCCAAGAGAUGCCCUAUUUGUUUCAAUAGGAAAGAUACAUCCCAUUAAAAGGUCUUUUCUCCACUGCCAUAAACAGGGAAACGCACAUGGGUAAGAGCUCACUGUGGGGCUCUAAACAAGGGCAAGUGUGUUCACUAAGGCUAAAAAUCAAGUAUCUGUCUUAGUUGGGUUGUCAAUCAGCUUAUAAAUGUUUUGUGUUGCUAUGUGACAAACUGACAUACAUGUUGUGAGCAUUUAUUAUACCUUAUCCUUAUGAGUUGUGUCUUUCUGACUUGCAUUUCAUUGAAGUCAGGCUGUAAUCUUUCACCGUAUCUUGCAUCAAAAGGAGAUGAAAAAAACAGGGUUGUGUUUACAGUAAUGUCAUAUCUACAGCUGUCUGGCUAGAGGCUGACAGUGUCAUCUUGAAGCAUAGAUGAAGCGUUCUGUGUUUAUCUCUCCCUGUCCCCCUUUAAUUGAUAAUGAACUGUGAACAGCUGUAGGAAUAUGUUGAUUGUAUACGUCUGUUUUGUGGGAUUUUGUGUAUUUUUUUUUUUAAUUGCUGACUGCCUUAAAACUUUUUAGGUGUAGCUUCUUCUAUUACCUUCCUGUUUUGAAAGUAUCUUAUGUUUUUACCAGAAUGACUUUGUAACCGACUUACAGUGUUAAUAUAGCAUUAUAUAUGUUGUGUAUCCACCCAUUAGACUUUUGUUAACACUUUUCAAAUGUCAAAAAAUUGUUUCAUUUUUUUCCACGUACACCACUAAUGGGUAUCUUUGUGCAUUUGACAGACAUGAUUUUUGUUUUGUUUUGUAUAUGUUCUUGAAUGUUCACUUCCUGAGAGUCUGAACACACAAAAAUGGGAAGGAGAAAAUACAUUUUUUUAAAAAACAACCACCCCCAAACAUAUUUUUGUGGCCUCCAUUUUUUAUCUAUUUUGGUUUGUCACUUGAUGUUUCUGUAAGCUGGGAGGAAGGGAGGGCCAUUUGAGUCCUGUGAGUUUGCAGCAUUUAGGGUUGUUUUUUCCUCCCAUAGUCGCUUUGUAACAUACACCCUUCCCUUGUUUUGUUUUGCUCUCCAGUUUUUGAGGCCAUCCACAGAUCAUUGAACACAGUCGCAGCCAUGUUAAAAAUGUUCAUUCUCUGCUCUCUUACUCCGCUAAUAGCAUCUUGGCAAGGUCCAAACCUCUUUGUGCUUCACUCUCGCAUGUUUCUGCCUCUAUAUACUCAGAUCUGCAUUUGGCAUUUCUGCAUUCAGCACAAAAGGGGAAAUAGGUACCUGGCACAGACGUACCAUUCUGUGGUACGUUCUGGACUUUAGCUUAGAACGUGAUAGGUUUCCCUGCCUGUAUAGCAGUGGGAGGGUGCUUGAAGGCAGGUGGUGCCUGGUGAAAUUUUGGCAGCCUGGGGUGGGGCUCCAGGGCUGUAAAUAGCAAAGUAGUUCACAAGGACUUGUGACUGUCCAACCGAACCUCCCCUCCCUCUCCUCUCCCUGUCUGCUCCCUAAAUCUGUUCUGGGGGUUCUCCCAACUCUCUGGAGGGGAAGGAGAAGUUCUGUUGCACAAACGGCGCUACUUGGUUGGAUACCACCGUCACUAUUGAGAAUAGCUGUUUCUCCCUCCCCCUAGAGGAGCGGAAUAAAUUGUUUAUAAAACAUGCUCAUCAUCAUCAUCAUCAUAAGAUUCCAAGUGGAUUCUUUGGGUGGAGAAUUUUGAUUUGGCAAAAGAUGCAGAUGCCAAUCAGCCCCCUUCCUUUUUCACCUUUCCCUCACAGUUUACUUUUUUAACAGACAGUUGUUGUUGUUGUGUGUUUUUUCUUUUUUCCCCCUUUUUGGAUUCUGAACCUUUCUCUCUCUCUCUCUUC